UCUUCCAGUUGAGGGUGGGGUUUAUAUAUUCUAAAUUUCACCAACUCUUCUCUUUCUUCUCUCCACCUCCGUCUCUAGCAAAAUGGGCAAAGUAAAGGGUAAGCAUCGUUUGGAUAAAUACUACCGUUUAGCCAAAGAACACGGCUAUAGAUCUCGAGCUUCAUGGAAACUCGUUCAGCUCGAAACCAAAUUUUCCUUCCUCCGCUCUUCACACGCGGUCCUCGACCUUUGCGCCGCCCCAGGCGGGUGGAUGCAGGUGGCGGUGCAGCGGGUGCCCGUGGGCAGCCUUGUUCUGGGCCUGGACUUGGUGCCCAUUGCCCCCAUACGUGGCGCUAUCUCUUUGGAGCAGGAUAUAACAAAGCCUGAGUGUAGAAGUAGAGUGAAGAAGGUGAUGGAAGAGCAUGGAGUUAGAGCUUUUGAUUUGGUUUUGCAUGAUGGGUCGCCUAAUGUUGGUGGAGCUUGGUCUCAGGAGGCUAUGAGCCAGAACGCUUUGGUUAUUGAUUCUGUUAAGCUGGCCACUCAGUUCUUGGCUCCUAAGGGAACUUUUGUUACUAAAGUUUUCAGGUCACAAGAUUACAGUUCUGUCGUAUACUGCCUCAAGCAGUUAUUUGAGAAGGUUGAGGUGGAUAAACCAGCAGCUAGUCGAUCAGCAUCAGCUGAGAUAUACGUAUUGGGUUUAAGGUACAAGGCUCCUGCAAAAAUUGAUCCUCGUCUUCUUGAUGUGAAACAUUUGUUUCAGGGGUCUAUAGAACCCCAGCGCAAGGUGGUGGAUGUACUAAGAGGAACAAAGCAAAAAAGACAUCGUGAUGGAUAUGAAGAUGGAGAGUCAAUUGUGAGGAAAGUUUCUUCAGCUGCAGAUUUCAUUUGGUCCAAUAAUCCUCUUGAGAUUCUUGGUUCAGUUACUUCCAUAUCCUUUGAGGAUCCAUCCUGUUUGGCCAUCAUAGAUCAUGAAUUGACAACAGAAGAGGUUAAAGCUCUAUGCGAUGAUUUGCGUGUCUUGGGAAAGCAAGAUUUCAAGCAUCUAUUGAAGUGGCGUAUGCACUUAAGAAAGGCUUUAUCUCUUUCACAAAAGGUGGCCACGCCAACUCCUAGUAAUGUCGAAAUUGAGGACGAAGAUGAGAGAGUACUCAAUGAAAUGGAGGAGCUGACAAAUGCCAUGGAGCGCAAAAAGAAACGAGAAAAGAAGCUUCUUGCAAAAAAAAUGGCUAAGGACAAGGCACGAAAAGCGACUGGGAUGCAAGUAGAUGUUAUGCAAGAUGAUUACAUUGAUCACGAGUUAUUUUCUCUAUCUUCCAUCAAAGGUAAGAAAGAUCUUGUUGCUGUCGAUUCCACUCAAUAUGAUGAUGGCGAUGAUGAGAAUGCUGAUUUGGGGGACAGUGAAGAUGAAAGAAUCAAGAAGACAACUCAAGAUUACUCUUCCAGUGAUAUGGACUCUGAUGAAGAACGCAGAAGAUAUGAUGAACAAUUGGAAGAGAUUCUCGAUCAAGCUUAUGAAAGCUAUGUGGCCAAGAAAGGGGGAAGUUCAAAACAUCGGAAGCGUGCUAAACAAGCCUAUGCCCAACAGGACCAACUUAUGGAGGAUGGGAAUGAUGACGAAAUUGGUCAGGCUGAUUAUGAUUCAGAAAAAGAUCAGGGUGAUCAUGAUGCAAAUCCUCUAAUGGUACCACUUGAUGAGGGUAUGCCAACACAGGAGGAAAUUAAGAAUAAGUGGUUUAGUCAGGACAUUUUUGCUGAAGCUGUAGAGGAGGGAGAUUUGGGGAAAUCUGACAGCGAAGACGAAAUGCAGGUAGAUAGGCCGAAGGAAAAACACUCCAUCCCUCAAAAGGCGAAGGAAAAGGUAGUAAAGGAUACUGCAGGUUCCACUAAUGCUCAUGUCCAAUCAUCCAAGGCGGAAGAUGACUUUGAGAUAGUCCCUGCUCCAGCUACAGAUUCUAGUGAUGACUCAUCCUCUGAUGAGUCAGAGGAUGAAGAUGUUGACACAAAAGCUGAGAUAUUGGCUUGUGCAAAGAAGAUGCUGAGGAAAAAACAAAGGGAGCAGAUGCUUGAUGAUGCUUACAAUAAGUACAUGUUUGAUGAUGAGGACUUACCUGAAUGGUUUUUGGACGAGGAACGGAGGCAUCGCCAAGCAAUUAAACCCAUUACCAAGGAGGAGAUUGCCGCAAUGAAAGCACAGUUCAAAGAAAUCAAUGCUCGGCCUGCUAAGAAGGUUGCAGAGGCCAAAGCCCGAAAGAAGCGAGUUGCCAUGAGGAAACUUGAGAAGAUUCGCAAGACGGCAAACAUUAUAUCAGACCAGACAGAAAUUAAUGACCGUUCAAAGAGAAAACAAAUUGAACAAUUAUACAAGAAAGCUGCGCCCAAAAGGCCUCAAAAGGAAUAUGUGGUUGCAAAGAAAGGAGUUCAAGUCAAGGGUGGGAAGGGUAAAGUUGUUGUUGAUCGCCGGAUGAAAAAAGAUGCAAGGACACGUGGGUCAGGCAAGGGAGGGAAAGGCGGCUCGAAGAAGGGAAAAAAUGCAAAGGUACAGAAAGGUAAAGGAUCUGUAAAAGCUUCAACAAAGAAGGGAAAGAAGGGAAACAGAGGAUAAAAAGAUGAGUAACUCAUGACUGAACUCUCAAAGUUCAGAAAGAUUUUGGUUAUUUCACCUUAUACAUGUUUUAACUAUUAAUAGUUUGUUGUAGCCUGUUGAAUUAAAGCUAAAAAUUGAUGAAGUUUCAGUUGAUCCAAUUUAUGCUCAGUUAUCUGUACAAAACAGAUGAGAGUAUGAUCUGAGUCUCUACUUGGAAUAAAAUUGGUAUUUCAACUUUGUUUA